GGCAUCAGUUCUCAAUAUUAUCUUCAGCAGGUUAGAUAUAAGUUUUUUUUUUUUCGCAAAUUUUAAAGAACAUUGUGUUCGCGAGCAUUUAUCUCCGCAAUGGCUGAGCCACAACACCCUCCUCUGCUUAGAAGCCCAAGCCAGACCUCUGCUGUGGAAACUCCGAACAGGGGCUCCACACGCCAUGCAUUGAAAGUGGCUGGCCUCACCCUGUUGGCUGGGAUGCUGAUCGCUGGUCAGGCUAUCACUGCCUACAUGGUAUACAACCAGAGGGAGAAGCUUAGCACCCUGGAGACACGCACCGAGAUGCUGAGGGAGGUCAGCCGCAGGCCAACCGUAAUGCGCACACCCAUGAGGAUGCACCUUCCCCUGAACACUGUCCCUCUGCUGGCUGAUUUACCCGACAGUGAGAAGAAAGAUGGAUCUGCUUCAGUUCCUACAGCAAAGCGCACACCCAUGAGGAUGCACCUUCCCCUGAACACUGUCCCUCUGCUGGCUGAUUUACCCGACAGUGAGAAGAAAGAUGGAUCCGCUUCACCUCCCACAGUCCAGACCAAGUGCCAGCGUGAGGCCUCAGGGCAGGACCAGACACAGCUGCCCUCCUUCAAGCCUCAGUGUGACAACCAGGGCAACUACCUGCCUAAGCAGUGCUGGAGCUCAACUGGUUUUUGCUGGUGUGUUGACAAGAAUGGAGCACAAGUCACUGGCACUUUGACCGAGGGCGAGCCAAACUGUACUGAGACCUCUAGUGCUCCUCAGCAGUAACAUGACCAACGAACCUGCAGCUACAUCUACAGCGCUCCUUCUUCCUCCUCAUGUAGCAAUGCAGAAUUUAACAACAAAUACAAUUAUAACUGCCCACAGCCUCUCUCUCACUUGAGUCUAUAAGCUGAUCAACCUGCAGUCAAAAGUUCAUUUAGUGCUUGAAUGCCAGUAAAUAGAUAAGUUAGCAGAAGGAAGAUAAUAUAUCGCUUGAUAUAAACUGCAUUGAUUUUAUAAUUUUGGGUUUGUUUGUUUGUUUGUUUGGUUUUUUUGACAUGAUGGUGUUUAUUCUUAAUUUUCUCUGCAGAGUAUUUUAGACAGAAAUUCUAAGAUAGAUAAGACAGUCUCACUAACC